ACUGCGGUGUGUGUGUGUGUGUGUGUGUGUGUGUGUGUGUGUGUGUGUGUGCGUAUGUGUGUGUGUGUGUGUGCGCGCGCGCGCGUGUGUGCGUACUUGUGUGUGUAUGCGUGCGUGUGAGUGCGCGCGAGUGUGUGGACAAGGAGGUGGGGGCAGCCGAGUUAGAAUCCCAACUCCUUGGACUCCAUUUGCUAUUCUAUUCUUUCUCCCCCCACACCUAUCUGGAGGUGGUGGGCGUUUAUAUUUGCUUUUCUUUUCAUUCAUUUCCAGAUCUUUUAAAAUUUAAGGGUUGGGGGUAGUGGGAAAGGCAGGAAAGGGUAAGGGAAGGGAGUAAUAGCAGAAGAGCAGGAGGAGGACAUGGAGAUGAAGAAGAGGAUUAACCUGGAGUUAAGGAACAGAGCCCCGGAGGAGGUGACAGAGUUAGUCCUUGAUAAUUGCCUUUGUGUCAAUGGGGAAAUUGAAGGUCUGAAUGAUACUUUUAAAAAACUAGAGUUUCUGAGUAUGGCUAAUGUGGAACUAAGUUCACUGGCCCGGUUGCCCAGCUUAAAUAAACUUCGAAAGUUGGAACUUAGUGACAAUAUAAUUUCUGGAGGUUUGGAAGUCCUGGCAGAGAAAUGUCCUAAUCUUACCUACCUCAAUCUGAGUGGAAACAAAAUCAAAGAUCUCAGUACAGUAGAAGCUUUGCAAAAUCUUAAAAAUUUGAAAAGUCUCGACUUGUUUAACUGUGAGAUCACAAACCUGGAAGAUUACAGAGAAAGUAUUUUUGAGCUGCUGCAGCAAAUCACCUACUUAGAUGGAUUUGAUCAGGAGGAUAACGAAGCACCAGACUCAGAAGAGGAGGAUGAGGAUGGAGAUGAAGAUGAUGAAGAAGAAGAGGAGGAUGAAGCUGGUCCACCUGAAGAAUAUGAAGAAGAGGAGGAGGAAGAGGAGGAGGAUGAGGAUGAGGAUGAAGAUGAAGCAGGCUCAGAGCUGGGAGAGGGAGAAGAGGAAGUGGGCCUCUCAUACUUAAUGAAAGAAGAAAUCCAGGAUGAAGAAGAUGAUGAUGACUAUGUUGAAGAAGGGGAAGAAGAGGAAGAAGAGGAAGAAGAAGGUCUUCGAGGGGAAAAAAGGAAACGAGAUGCUGAAGAUGAUGGAGAUGAAGAAGAUGACUAGAUCAUUCUAAGACCAGAUUCCCUAAUGUUCCUGGGUGUGCAAUAGAGUGAUCCCAUCUUCUUUGUUUCUUCAUGUACCAUAGCGAUCCCUACGGAAGAUAACCUGUAACUUUUUAUAGGAAAAGUGUGGUUUUACUAUUUUUGCCUUAUCAUUCCAAAUAAGAUUUACUAGUCUGUUAAUGAUCAUAUCAUAUGUAGAGAAAAAAUUUUCGUUGACCCCAUUGUGAAAUUUAUUUAGAAUCUUCAUUUUUCUCAUUCAGGCUCACUGUAUUAGUUAUUUUUAGCCCAUAAUUAAAACAUGAUCACUUUUACACAGGCGUAGUUUGGUGCAUUUCAUUCAUAAGGUUAUAAAGUUAUUUAUAAGUUAACUGAAAUCAGAGUCGGCUGGAAUAUGAAAUGAAAAUAGUCUCUUGACUGAUAAGUUGGUUAUAUUUUUAGAGGUGACCCAGAGAUCUUUAGUUUGAAGGCAAUGACUUGUUUUUGUUUUUUUGGGUAUGGGUAUUUGGGUGCUUUUUUGUCACAUGAAUAACCUAGAAAGUAGGAGCAGAAUAGCAAAGGUUCUAUUCAACAAUAUAGUUCAAGGCUUUUGUGGAGGCUUCUGAAACCUUUUAAGCCAGGUGACUAAUAAGAUUUUAUUUUUGAAGGAAAAAUGCUUGUACUAAGUUCCGAGACAUGCAGGUGAGCCCUUUGUUUUUCUCACUGAAAAUCAUGACAUGCCAGCGGUUGUUAGUUUUGCUUUGUUUUUAAGUGUGCAUUCUUUUUCUUCCUCCCAGCAAUUCCUUUAUGAUCACUUUCAUUUCUUGUUUCACUCCCCUCCUUCUAUCUCCAAAAAAAGUUGGGAAACUUAUGGCUCUUCAGGAAGACCUUUAUUUAGUCUUUUAUACCUCAGCAACCUUUUCAGACGGUCUCAGUUUUAAACAAGUUAAAUGAAAGAAAUUGAGUAUUUUCUGAGCUAUAAAUACUAUUAUCAAUACAGCUUUAUGCAACAGAUUCUGGUUAUUGUAACUCUCUUGGUUGACAAGAUGUGCAGACUGUAUUAAUAGGGUGAAGAAAGAAAAGCAGAGGAAGCUUUUAGAAGCAGCAUUGCUGUUCCACAGAAGUUAGAACAAUUGCCUGUUGAUAAUUAGUGAGACAGUCAGGUCAAAUUUAGGGGGAGGUUAGCUUCCCAAAUGGUUUAGAUACUACACUGCAAAGUAUUUCUAAUUUUUCGGAGUAGAACCUUUAAUUAUUCUUCCUACAGUUUUAAGAUAUUACCAGAUAUAACUUUUAAUUGGAAUACACUGGGCAGUUGGAAAAAUAUUUGAAACUAAAUGCUAAAAUUAAGAUUUGUUUUCAAGUGGAAACCCACUAAAAAUAGAAAAAUAUUUAGGCUGGGUGUGUUUCUUUAUACAGCUACUAAAUAUGAUAAUAUAAGUAGACAAGUACAUUCCCCUUUUUGUUGCUGAGGCUCCAUGUUCAAGGCAAUUGCUUUUCUUUUUUUUUUU